GUUGUUACGUUGUUAUAACCAACAACGUUGGUUUGUUAUUUGUAUGAUUAUUUGUCGAAUGAGAUUCCGUUAUUCUCACUUGUUAGUUGGUUUACACGUGGAUAGUCGGCCUGUUGUUUUGUAAUAAAAUAAUAUAUUUACCACUAGUGUUUGCAGCUAGUUUAGUGGAUUAGAAUAUCUGUUUAUUAAAUAACUACCAAAAUGAAACAAGUUCUGUUUAUAUUAUGUUCUGUACUCGUUAUAUUCGUCCGGUGUAAUUCUGAAGAAGAAACUCGAGCUAGGUUACUAGUUUCGAAACAUAUUCUUAAUACAUAUUUAGUGGAAAAUAUGGACAUUAAUGUAAAGUAUUCGUUAUUCAAUAUUGGAAAUUCAGCUGCUGUUGAUGUUACUCUAAACGAUCGUAGUUUUGGUCCGGAAGCAUUUGCUGUGAUGGGUGGCCAACUUAAAGCCCAUAUUGAUCGAAUACCGUCACAUUCUAAUUAUACCCAUGUUGUUGUUGUAAGACCAAUAAGAUUUGGAUAUUUUAAUUUUACAUCUGCUGAAGUUACCUAUAAAUCCGAUAUUGAAGAUACAGAUUUCCAGGUAGCAUGGAGUAGUGAGCCAGGUGAGGGAGGUAUUAUUGCAUUCAGGGAUUAUAAUAAGAGGUUCUCUUCCCAUGCAUUUGAUUGGGCUGCUUUUGCUAUCAUGUCUUUGCCAUCAUUAGCAAUCCCUGUAUUUUUAUGGUACAGCAGCAAAAGUAAAUAUGAGAAGUUAGUUAAAUCAUCAAAAAGAACUCACUAAGUUAUUUUAAAGGCAAUGCAAUUUUGUAUCAUGUCCAUAUCGUUGUAGAAAUUUGUCAUUGUCAUCUCCUGUAACAGUUUGAUCAAUACACUUUUUUGUAUA